AUGUUGUCCCGUCUCGCCUCCGCUUCGAGGCUGCCCGCCUGCCGUCCCCUCUCGACGUCGACGACCCGAAAGGCCGAGAAGACGAGCAACAUUGCCGAGUAUAAGGUCGUCGACCACGCCUACGAUGCGAUCGUCGUCGGAGCGGGAGGAGCUGGUCUUCGCGCGGCGAUGGGUCUUUCUGAGGGCGGACUGAAGACUGCCGUCAUCACCAAGCUGUUCCCCACCCGUUCCCAUACUGUCGCUGCUCAAGGAGGAAUCAAUGCCGCCCUCGGGAAUAUGAAUCCUGAUGACUGGCGCUGGCACUUCUACGAUACGGUCAAGGGAUCGGAUUGGCUCGGAGAUCAAGAUGCCAUUCACUAUAUGACACGCGAGGCACCGAGGGCUGUCAUCGAACUCGAGAACUAUGGAAUGCCCUUCUCACGCACCAACGACGGCAAGAUCUAUCAACGGGCCUUCGGAGGGCAGAGCAACGAUUUCGGAAGGGGCGGCCAGGCGCAUAGAACGUGCUGCGUAGCCGAUCGUACGGGCCAUUCUCUGCUGCACACCCUCUACGGCGCCUCCCUGCAAUACGACUGCAACUAUUUCGUCGAAUACUUUGCCCUCGACCUCAUCAUGGACAAGGGAGCGUGCGUGGGAGUGGUGGCGCUGAAUCUGGAAGAUGGAUCCAUCCAUCGCUUCCGUGCCAAGAACACUGUGCUGGCAACUGGAGGAUAUGGACGAGCAUACUUCAGCUGUACAUCCGCCCACACCUGUACUGGAGAUGGAACGGCGCUCACCGCUCGCGCUGGCAUCAACAACUCCGACAUGGAGUUCGUCCAAUUCCACCCCACCGGCAUUUAUGGUGCUGGCUGCCUGAUCACGGAGGGUUCUCGCGGAGAAGGCGGUUUCCUGGUCAACUCGGAGGGCGAGCGAUUCAUGGAGAGAUACGCACCGGUGGCCAAGGAUUUGGCGUCUCGUGAUGUCGUCUCUCGAUCGAUGACCAUUGAGAUAAUGGAGGGACGAGGUGUCGGGCCAGACAAGGAUCAUAUCUACCUACAGCUUCACCAUUUGCCCGCCGAACAGCUCGCCCAGAGAUUGCCAGGCAUUUCCGAGACGGCGAUGAUCUUUGCCGGUGUUGACGUGACGAAAGAGCCAAUCCCCGUCCUCCCCACUGUCCACUACAAUAUGGGUGGCGUGCCGACGAAUUGGAGAGGCCAAGUGCUGCAGUAUACGAAGGAGAAGGGCGACCAGAUUGUGCCCGGGCUAUUCGCUGCCGGUGAAUGUGGAGCCCAUUCUGUCCACGGGGCCAAUCGUCUCGGCGCCAAUUCCCUGCUCGAUCUCGUCGUCUUUGGCCGCAGCUGCGCCAACACCAUUCUGCAGGAGACAAAGCCCGGGGUGGCGGUGCCGGAUCUUCCGAAGGGUGCGGGCGAGGCCUCCGUCUCAAACAUUGACGCCAUCCGCCACAACAAGGGCGAUAUCCCGACCGCCGAGCUGCGUCUCAGCAUGCAAAAAGCCAUGCAAAAGCACGCGGCCGUGUUCCGUCGUGGUGACGUGCUGCAGGCGGGUGUGGAAGUGCUCAAGGGACUCUACAAAGACCAAAAGAACGUCACCGUCGCCGACAAGGGAAUGAUCUGGAACUCGGACCUCGUCGAGACGCUCGAGCUCCAGAAUCUGCUCAUCAACGCCACGCAGACGAUCGUGGCCGCCGAGAAUCGAAAGGAGUCUCGCGGAGCCCAUGCUCGCGACGAUUUCCCGGAUCGGCUCGACGAGCUGGACUAUUCGAAGUCGCUGGACGGGCAGACGAAGAAGGGCUUUGACGAUCACUGGAGGAAGCACACGAUUAUCAAUCAGAAUACGGAGACUGGAGAGGUGCAACUGUCCUAUCGUCCUGUCAUUGAUGAGACGCUCGACAAAUCCGAGACCGAUUGGGUGCCGCCAAAAGUUCGAUCCUAC